GAAUGUGUGUUAAUGUUUAAAUAUUUAAUUCUAUUGUGGAUUUAACACUAAACACAAUAUUCUCUACACUUUGAUAAUAUCUCCAAUUUGUUGGGUAAUCUAUCAGAUUUAUCAUAGUUAAUGAAGCUUGGGAUUAAUUCAUUUAAAGGAACCUAUAUCUGUUUCAUCUCAAUGUUUGUAUUUAUGGCAAAUAUUUAUCCUUUAUGUAUUUCAAUUUAUUUUAGAGAGUAUAAUCAUGACUAUUCUAAUUU